UGCAAACACGUGAACUAGCCCCUGGGCUCCCGGUGGCAUCUGUGCCCGUUGAAAUGCAGGCAACAUCCAGCCCGUGGAAAUGGUUUCGCUUUCUCUGAAUGUGACGACCGAGGACGGAGAAACACCAGAGCGGUGUGCUGCUGAAACUUCAAACCCUGUGGGGCGUGGUGGCGGGAGGCUCUUGUCCGGACACGGUGGCAGGCGCCGUGGGACGGCUGAGAAGCAGAGCUCAGCGCUGUCACAUGAGCAGGAGGCUUAGUGAACAGGAGGGAAACGCCGGCCCUGUUCCACGUUCGAGGUGCUGGCUGAUGCACAACACACAUGCUCAGGCUAACGUCUUGCUAGAUGCUCACUGUGAGGAGGACACACAGUGGGAGAACCCUCGGGGAGACUUGGAGUGUCCCCAAGAAUGCAUCCGUGGCUCCCAGGGCUCUUCCAAGUGUGGCCCUGGGAGCCCGCGAAAUGUACUCCGCCCCCGGCUCCCAGCUAGCCGUGAGACGAACAGCAGACUUUUUGUUCCUCUUUAGUUUUUGGGCAAAGCCAGCCACCGGCCACAAAGCUCUGCUCCCCUGCGCCGCCCCCGCCCCUCGACUUAGGGAUAUCACAUUUUUGGGCGCGUCAUUUUGUCUUGGGGGCGGUUCGACACGAUGAGCCGAUAGGGUGGCUGGGCUGCCUGGGGUUACGUAACCCAUUGUACUUCCAGAACUGCUCACGGUCUUAGGAUUUGCCCCAACAAGCAGACUGAGAAAACUGGUGAAGAGGGCGCAGGAGGGUGGCUGUGCCGAGGUCCUGCCCGAGCCGGGUUCUCAUGGAGGAUCCGUCUUCUCUCUGAGUUGCCUUUGGAGUCGAUUCCUGCACAUGGCGUUGGUAUGUCAGUUCAGGCAGCCCGUCAGGGCCCAGCCUCUGCCAGCACUCUCCCAGGGCAAGCUCACCCGGACAGACUCAUGUGACGUGUGCAACAGCACCGAUCUUCCGGAAGUCGAGAUCAUCAGCCUGCUGGAGGAGCAGCUGCCCCAUUAUAAGUUAAGAGCUGACACCAUCUACGGUUAUGACCACGACGACUGGCUCCAUACGCCCCUCAUUUCUCCAGAUGCCAACAUUGACCUCACAACCGAGCAAAUUGAAGAGACGCUGAAGUACUUCCUUUUAUGUGCUGAAAGAGUUGGCCAGAUGACUAAGACGUAUAAUGACAUAGAUGCUGUCACUCGGCUUCUUGAGGAGAAAGAGCGGGAUUUAGAACUGGCUGCUCGGAUCGGCCAGUCGUUGUUGAAGAAGAACAAGACACUAACGGAGAGGAACGAGCUUCUGGAAGAGCAAGUGGAACACAUCAGGGAGGAGGUGUCCCAGCUCCGGCAUGAGCUGUCCAUGAAGGAUGAGUUGCUGCAAUUCUACGCCAGUGCUGCAGAGGACAGCGAGCCCGAGUCCGUGUGCUCCACCCCGUUGAAGAGGAAUGAGUCAUCCUCCAACGUGCAGAACUACUUUCAUCUGGAUUCUCUUCAGAAGAAGCUGAAGGACCUUGAGGAGGAGAACGUCGUGCUCCGAUCCGAGGCCUGCCAGCUAAAGACGGAGACCAUCACCUACGAAGAGAAGGAACAGCAGCUGGUCAACGACUGUGUGAAGGAGCUGAGGGAUGCCAAUGUGCAGAUUGCCAGUAUCUCAGAGGAGCUGGCCAAGAAGACUGAGGAUGCUGCCCGCCAGCAAGAGGAGAUCACACACCUGCUGUCCCAGAUAGUUGACUUGCAGAAGAAGGCCAAAGCUUGUGCCGUGGAAAAUGAAGAGCUGGUCCAGCACCUGGGGGCGGCUAAGGAUGCCCAGCGGCAGCUCACGGCCGAGCUGCGCGAGCUGGAGGACAAGUAUGCGGAGUGCAUGGAGAUGCUUCAUGAGGCGCAGGAGGAGCUGAAGAACCUCCGGAACAAGACCAUGCCCAACACCACGUCCCGGCGCUAUCACUCCCUGGGCCUGUUUCCCAUGGACUCCUUGGCAGCAGAGAUCGAGGGAACGAUGCGCAAGGAGCUGCAGUUGGAAGAGCCUGAGUCUCCAGACAUCGCUCACCAGAGGCGAGUCUUUGAGACGGUGAGAAACAUCAACCAGGUCGUCAAGCAGAGGUCUCUGACCCCGUCCCCCAUGAACAUCCCUGGCUCCAACCAGUCCUCAGCCGUGAACUCCCUCCUGUCCAGCUGCGUCAGCACCCCCCGGUCUAGCUUCUAUGGCAGUGAUGUUGGCAACGUGGUCCUGGACAACAAGACCAACAGCAUCAUCCUGGAAGCGGAGUCAGCUGACCUGGGGAAUGACGAGCGGAGCAAGAAGCCCGGGACGCCGGGCACCCCGGGCUCCCACGACCUGGAAACCGCUCUGCGGCGGCUGUCCCUCCGCCGGGAGAACUACCUCUCGGAGCGGAGGUUCUUCGAGGAGGAGCAGGAGCGGAAGCUCCGGGAGCUGGCGGAGAAGGGCGAGCUGCUCAGCGGCUCCCUCACGCCCACGGAGAGCAUCAUGUCCCUCGGCACCCACUCCCGCUUCUCCGAGUUCACCGGCUUCUCGGGCAUGUCCUUCAGCAGCCGCUCCUACCUGCCCGAGAAACUCCAGAUCGUGAAGCCGCUGGAAGGCUCCGCCACCCUUCACCACUGGCAGCAGUUGGCCCAGCCCCACCUCGGGGGCAUCCUGGACCCCCGGCCCGGUGUGGUCACCAAGGGCUUCCGGACACUGGACGUUGACCUGGACGAAGUGUACUGCCUUAACGACUUUGAGGAAGACGACACAGGUGACCACAUUUCCCUUCCGGGCCUAGCUACCUCCACGCCAGUUCAGCACCCAGAGACCUCAGGUGAGGGGUCCCGAGCACGCGUGACUGUCUCAGGCAGCAGAAGUUACCCACGCCGGCCUCAGGCUUUCCCAGAGGAGAUGCAGGAGCCGCCCACGGCCGAGGAGGAGGAGGAGGGGUCUGCACACCACCCUGGGAAGUGCAUGUCACAGACCAACUCCACCUUCACCUUCACCACAUGUCGUAUCCUGCAUCCUUCAGAUGAGCUCACGCGGGUCACGCCAAGCCUUAACUCGGCUCCAACUCCAGCUUGUGGCGGCACCAGCCACUUGAAGUCCACGCCGGUGGCCACCCCGUGCACUCCACGGAGACUGAGCCUGGCCGAGUCCUUCACUAACACCCGCGAGUCCACGACCACCAUGAGCACGUCUCUGGGGCUGGUGUGGCUGCUGAAGGAGCGGGGCAUCUCCGCGGCCGUAUAUGACCCGCAGAGCUGGGACAGGGCCGGCCGGGGCUCCCUCCUGCACUCCUACACCCCCAGGAUGGCGGUGAUCCCCUCCACCCCACCCAACUCGCCUCUGCAGACACCCACGUCUUCCCCACCCUCCUUUGAGUUCAAGUGCACGAGCCCUCCCUACGACAACUUCCUGGCUUCCAAGCCGGCCAGCUCCAUCCUGAGGGAGGUGAGGGAGAAGAAGAACGUCCGGAGCAGCGAGAGCCAGACAGACGUGUCCGUCUCCAACCUCAACCUCGUGGACAAAGUCAGGAGGUUUGGCGUGGCCAAAGUGGUGAACUCAGGGCGAGCCCACGUCCCCACCUUGACUGAGGAUCAGGGACCUCUCCUCUGUGGGCCCCCGGGCCCAGCCCAGGCCCUGGUCCCCGGGGGCCUAGUCCCCGAGGGCCUGCCUCUCGGAUGCCCCACGGUCACGAGUGCCAUCGGCGGGCUGCAGCUCAACAGCGGCAUCCGGCGGAACCGCAGCUUCCCCACCAUGGUGGGGUCCAGCAUGCAGAUGAAAGCCCCCGUGACUCUCACCUCGGGCAUCUUGAUGGGUGCUAAGCUCCCCAAACAAACUAGCUUCCGGUGAGGACGGGAGGGGGGCCCUUCCCCUGGAGGAGACCCGUCUUUGCUCCUGCCUCCCUCUCUCCCCCACUGCACUGCGCGUUCUCCCUCUCUCCCCCUCCGCCCCUCCCCUCUUGAGCUAGACAAA